AUGAUUAACGAAAUGUUAAGUUCGGAUUUAAUUAGUAAAAAAGAAAAAUCUGUGAUAAUAAGACUAGAUGAUUCUUUAGAUAAAGAAAAAGAAAAUGGUUCGUUCUAUAAUUUAAAAAAAAAGAAAUUAAUAAAAUUAUUAAAAUGUAAAAAUUAUGAUGAUAUCUACUCUAAAGAUAAAAAAAAAAUCAAAAAAGGAUUAUUCUCCAUAGGAAAUUUAAAAAAUAUGAAAGAAAAAAGAAAGUUCCUUCACCUUGUAAAUAAAAUAAAGCAAAGAAAAAAAGACUAUUACAUACGCAAACUAAAUUUAAAGGACUUCAAAAAACUAAAAAGUAAUACAGAACAUAAGAAAUAUUUUAUGUUAAAAAAAAGUUUUAAUUCAAAAAAAAAUGAUAAAAACGUAAAGUCAAAAAAAAAUAAAAAGAAAUGUAGAGACAGGUCACUUUAUAAAGACCUUAUACAAAAUAAACAAUUGAUUAAAUUAAAUAAGAAGAGCCUUAAAUAUCAAAUAGAGAAAAAAUUAAUUUUUAUUAAAAAUAAAAAUAUGUGUAAUAAUUUGUGCAAAGUAUUAAAUAAGCUAAAAAAUAUAAAAAGAAAAAGAAAUGUUAAAGAUAUUUGCCACGGGGAAAAUAUAAUUAAUAAAAUGGAUUUAUCCACUUUUAAAAGCAUAGAACGAUCACAUAGGAACAUAAAAAGUUUAAAAAUAAAUAAAGUAAAUAAAGAAAAAUAUUUCUUAGUUAGAAAAAAUAACUAUUUCAACCAUAGGAAAGAUCAAAAUAUAUAUCCCCAUGAAAUUUUAAAAAAGGUGCUUUUUCUUACUAAAGAAAAGAAAUGUUCUCAUUCUUCAUAUAAAAAAGAGAAAAAUGUAAAAUUCAUGCUUGAAUCUCCUUUAGAAAGUAAAAAUACUUUUGUUCUUUUUAAAUCUUCUAAUAUCAAUGAAUCAAAAAAUAAGAAAAAUCUUUUUAUGAUGAAAGAUGAAAUUAUAAAUCCCAAAAUAGUUUAUAAAAAGGUUCAACAAGAAAAUGACCAAGGAAAUAUAUAUAAUAAAAAAUUAAAUAUAAGUAAAUCAAUAGAAAGAACCCUUAAAAAUAAUGUAUCUACAUUAUCAAGUCAAAAUGGAUUACAUGAAAUUAUAAAAAAAAAGGAUGUUCACAUUAUUAAAGAUAAAAAAAAAUCAUACGACAUUUUAAGAGCAAAUUUAAAAAAAAUUUUACCUUAUCAGCGUAGCAUUGUAAAGUUUAUAGAUGAUAAUGUAUCAACUAAAACACUUAUUAAAAACAAUAUAAAUGAAAAACUUGAUAAAAAUAUAUAUCCUGAAAUAAAAGAUAAAAAUACACUACUUAAAACAUCGGGUAGAAAUAUAUAUUUUAGUAAAUUAAGCAAAAACCAUAUAUUUAAGCAAUUAGAUGAAGAGUUGAACAGUAAAAAACAAGAAUUUUCAGAAAAAAAAGAUGCAAAUAAAAAUGAAAAUUUUUUAUUGUAUAUGAAUAAAAAUAAUUUAAAACAAUUUAAAAAAAGAGAAAAAAAAAACGAAUUUGAGAAUACGAAAUCUGUAGAUAAAAACUGCUUAAUUAAUAAGUGCAAUAUGAAAUCAAAUAAUUUUUUUGAUAUUCAAAAGAAUAUUUCUAUUUUAAGAUAUUAUAAUAUAAAAAACCAUAAGAAUAAUAAAAAUUUAUUCAUUUAUAAAACUAAAAAUUUUACUUUAAGUAAGACACUGCAAGAAAAAAAAAUAUGUGAAGUAUUCAGAGAAAAAAUUUCCAAGAAAAAAAGUACAUACCAUAAUAUAUAUGGAGGAAAUAUUUUAAAUAACAAAAAUUCCAAAUGUUAUGCAGAAAAUAUAACCAAUAAUUUAAGACAUGAUAAUUUAAAAAAACAAAAAAAUUUAUCAAAAUUAAAUAAUAAAAAUGAUGAAGAAUGUAUCACCUAUGAAAAAGAAAAAAAUAAAUGUAUGAACAGUUUAAUGAUAAAAUAUAUGAAAGAAAUAAAUAAAAAAAGGAUAAUAAAAAAAGAAUUUGAUACCUUAAUGCAAAAAUAUAAAAACUUAGACAGAAAAAAAAUAUAUGGGAAGUAUGAAAAGAAAGAAAUUAUGGAUAAUGGAAUGGAAACAAAAAAAAACAAUUUAAUUAAAGGAGUUUAUUUACCUGAUAAAAAGAAAGAUCAUAAACAUAAUACUGUAAAAGAAAAAAGUGAAAUGAUAGAGAAAAAGGAAAUAGUCAAGAAAAUAACAAAGAAAAAUCGAGCAGAUAUUAAUAAAUUUAAAGUAAGUGAAAAAAAUAUAAUUAAUAAUAAAGUUGUAUUAGACAAUAUAAAAAAUGAAAAAUUGCAAAUAUAUAAAAAAGAUAUAUCGGAAAAAUUCCCUAAAGUAAAAAAUAUGUAUACAUUUGAAAAUCAAAAAGGAGUUAAAAAAAAUAACUGGGAAGAAAUAGAAAAAAAAUGUGUACCAAAAAAUAAUAUAAUAAAAAUAUAUAAAGAAGAAAUAAAAAAUAAAAAUAUACCUAGCAACUAUUUAGGUAUCAAAUUUAUUUUGAAAAAAGGUAUUGAUAUAGUUCAUUUAAAGGAAAAUAUUAACGGUGAUUCAUUUAUAAAAAAAAAAGUUGAUAAUAAUAAAAAAUAUAGCAUAUCAAUUAUAAAUACUCGAAAAAAUGAUUUCACAAAUAAAGAAAUAGGUUAUUACGAAGGAAAAAAACGAGAGUUCAAUUCAUAUGAACAAAGAAAAGAAAAAGAAAUAAAAAAAAGAUACAAAGAAGAAAAAAAGGGAAAUGAAAUAAAAGUAGAACAAAAGCUUCAAUAUGUAUAUAGGAAUGAAAAAGAAGAUGAAAAUGAGAAUAAAAAUGAGAAUGAAAAUGGGAAGGAAAAUAAGAACGAAAAUGAAAAUAAAGAUGAGAAUGAAAAUGGGAAGGAAAAUAAAAACGAAAAUGAAAGUAAAAAUGAGAAUGAAAAUAAGAACGAAAAUGAAAAUAAAGAUGAGAAUAAAAAUGAAAAUGAAAAAAUAUUACAGUUCAAAGUCAAAAAUAGUGAAUUAAAUAAAAAUAGUCCCUUAGAGCAUUGCAUGAGUGAAAAAAAAAAUGAAACAAAAUUAUCAUAUGAAUACGGAGAUGACGAAAAAAUGAGCGCAAGUAAUCUAAUAAAUGAUAAUAAAUAUAAAAAUGAAAAUAUAAUAGAAUUAAAAGGUAACUAUAGCAAAAAUGAAAAAAUUGAAAAAGAAGAUAAAUUAACAUUAAUAAAUGUGUACAAAAAUAAAGAAAUAUAUUAUUCAAAUCAUACUGAAUUAGAUAUGUUGUAUACGAAUUCAUGUGAAAAUAUAAAAAGUAAUAAUGAUAUAUUUAUGAAUGAUCUAAAAAAAAGAAAAAAAAAUGAAGAAAAUAAUAUAUAUAGUAAAACAUAUGUAAAAAUAGAUGAAAAUAAACAAAAAAUGAUGAAAACAAAAAUACAAUCUGAAAAAAAAUUUACAUACUUCAUUCCAGCGAAAAAGCCAAAAGAAAAAAAUACUGUGAAGAAAUUAGUUCUUUUAAUAAAUAAAUCAAUAGAUAAUAAAAAAUUAUAUAUUAAAAGGAAUUACAUGAAAGAAAUAAAUAAAAAUAAAACAAAAGAAAAUUUAAUUUAUGAAAAAAGUUUAAUGAAAAAUUUUCAAUAUAGAUAUAGUACUAUUUUUAUGAAAAACUCAUCGAAUAAAAAUUUAUAUGAAAAAUUAGUUAAAAAAGAAAAUGAAAUAAAAAUGGAUACUGAAAAAAUAAAAAAAAAUUCAAUAGCAAAAGAUAAUGACAUUAAUAUAAAUAUAGUAAGUAUAAAAAGAAAAGAAGAAAAAGAACAUAUCAUCAAUAUGAAUGUAGAAGAAGAAAAAUUUAGUGAAAAAACUGAAGAAAUUUGUAGUGUAAAAAGAAAUGCUUUUAUUCUUAUCAAAAAGCAACAAAUAGACAAUCAAAAGUUAUUAGAUGAAGAUGCAAAUGAAAAAAAUAAAAUAAAAUCAGAAGAAAAAAAUUUCAAUAUUAAUUCAAAUGAGAUAAAACAAAUGUUUUGUGGUAAAUAUAAUAAAAAUGAAAAUAGUAUAUUGAAAGAAAAUAAAUUAUAUUCUAUAAAAAAGUAUUCAGUGUCUAUGAGAAAAUAUAUUAAUGACUAUAAAAAUAUUCCACCAGAAAAAAAUAAUAGCAUAAAUAAUUUCAAAAAUAUAUUGCAUAACUUUACAACUAUUGUAGGAAAAACAAAUAUGGAGUAUAAUAUUAAAAAUAAUAAACAAUUAAAUAAAUACAUAUGUAAUAAAGUACUUUCUCAAAAUAAUUUAAAAAGAAAUAAAAAUUGUAUGAAAGAUGAACAAUAUAUGAAAAAUAUUAAUUUGGGAAAUAAUAUAAAAACACAUGUUACAGAAUUAAAUAAAAGUAAAAAUAUUCCUUUAUUAAAAAUAAGUAUAUUUUCAAAAAAUGUAGAAAAGAAAAAAAUAUUAAAAAUUAAAGAUAAAAAAAGUUCCCGCUUACUAUGUACAAAUAUAUUAAAUGGCAAUAAAAAGAAUAAUCCAAACUUAAUAGAAUUAAGCAGAUAUAUUAGAAAAUUAAAGAACUAUGAUCUUAAAUUCUACUAUAGUUUACCUAUUUUAAAUAAAGAAGGGAAGUCAUUUUACAUAAAUAAAGAUACUCAAAAAUUAAAUAUAAUAAAAACAAAUAAGCGAAAUAAAGAGAAAUACAAUGCAACUAAAUUAAGACUAAUAAAAUCAAACAUUGUAGAUUUUAAAAAUAUAAACUUAAAUAAUUAUUUACUUCAAAAAAAGGAAAGUGCACUUUAUUAUAGUAAAUCAUUUAUAAUAAAAAGGAAUGAAUAUGUGAAUGGAGAAAAUGUCUAUCUUAAAAAAACAAAGAGUUUUACAUAUUUUAAAAGGAAUUUAAGAGAUAGAAAAAUUAUCAGAAAAGGAAGUAAUGCUAUUAGGAAAAGUGAGAGUAUGAAAGCAUUAAAAAAUAAUAAAUAUAAUACAAAUAAAAGUGAUACCAAACAGUUAAAGCACAUAAAUCAUUUUUCAAAAGAAAAUAAUUACGAAAUAAAAAAUAAAGAAGUGAAAAAUGUUUGUGAUAUUAAUCAAAGGUUAGAAAAAUUAAAAAAUUUGAAUAAAUCCAAAUUAUAUAAAAUUAAAAUUACUGAUUUAAGAGUUGUAAAAAAAGAAUUACUAAAAAAAAAUAUAUUAAAUCGUUAUCCUAUGCAUUUUUCUUCAAUAAACAAUGAACUACUAUUUAAUGGAAAUGAAGUUUCAUUAAAUAAUAAAAUUUAUUUACCACUGGAUUAUAGUGGCAUUCCUUAUUAUCAUAAAGUUAUUUAUGAUAAAAAAAAUAACAUUUAUCGUACAUUAUCAGUUGAUAUGUGCUUAUCUAUAUUUCAUGCUGCACUAAAAAAAAAGUAA